AUGGAUCCCGAGUACAUUGGCAUGCAGAAGCGGUGCCGUAGAGCGUCAUGUCCCGGAGCUGGUAUUUCUUCCAGUGGUUUUAAACAGCGGCUCCCUAUUAUCCUUUUGUUUUAUUGUGUUUGGAUUUCUACCUUUGACACAUAUUGCCGCUACUGCGCUUUGUAUUAUUAA